AGGAUAAUUAAACCAGAACCUCGCUUAUGUGUCAUAACGGAAAAACAGUCAACAACCCUGUCGCGUUUCGAUGCCUUGUUUGAGCCGCCCGAGUAGCCGUAGUACGGAAGGCAGCUGGACCAAGGACGACGAGAAGAAUGGGUCGCAAGACGUUAGAACCGUUUGCUCGAAGAGCCUUCAAAACGAUCAUACUUUUAGAAGUUGCUGGUGUGUUUGGUGCUUUCUAUCUUUUUCACAAGAUGAACUCAAGCAGAGAUCUCAGGAGCACCAUGAACAGAGACUUACCAUUUGUUCUAGAAGCCUAUUACAAGUCCAACGAGUUGGCGGGAGUCUACGGAAUCCGAGAGGGUGACCAGAAGGCUUGGUCUGCCAAGAAGUCCUAGAGGUGAGCUGAGAGAGGGGCAGGAGAUCCGAGAGCAAGGGGGCAACAUGGAGCCUAGUGGCUAAGGUGUUUAACCUGGACCUGGAAGGUUGGUGGUUCCAGCUCCAGUGUAGCCAUGGAAAGAUCUGUUGGGGGGAUUGGCCCCAGCUUGGUCUGAUCAACUGUAAGCCGCUUUAAGUUUUUACUUAAAGCGACUAAUGUAAUGUAGCAACACCUGAGAACCUGGAGAGUGGUUGGUUAAGCCCUGCUGUGGCAGAACAGGUUAUUUCUUGGCCUUCCUUUUGCUGCCCUUAAACUUGCCGAAUUGCGUCCGUUUUUUAAACAUGGCCUUUUUCCUCCGCAGGGUUUUGACGUCUCUUCCUCGGAUCCAGUCGUCCCUCUGCGCCUCCCAUUUCAGCUGUUUGAGGCCUAAAGAGGAGCGAGAAAGAACAGAGUUCAGACCUCAGAAGUUACAAACAUAGAUCUAAAGUUCUCCAUAAUGCUUCCAAUUAUAACUCAACUUAAACAACACAACAACUUAAGGAGUUCCUCCAAUGAAAAACUACUGAAAUUGAUGGAUUUGCACAGAAUAAGGACUAUUCUUUUUAUCACAAGGAAGAAAGAUUAUUAACACACCUGGAUGUACAAUAGCCCUCCUUUGAAAUGAACAACAAUCUACUUCUAACUGCUCUGUUGUCCCUACUUUAAUUCCUCAUACGGUUAACACAAGAAUGCCAUCUGUUGGUUUGUUAUAUGGUGUUAGGCACACAACCCAAACGGCGCUAUUUUCACUUGCGGAUGAGGCUGCUCCCCUCAUUUCUGUACAUUUUGUUCCUUUUUGAGAGGUUGGUGUCUCCGUUUUUAUUGUAUUCAUGUGAUUCGUCCUUUGAAUUCUCGCUGUAAUGCAGUGGCAUUACAUUGACAUUAAAUUAUAAAACGGACAUUCCCCGUGUGCCAGCA